UCUGUGACCGUCCUUCCGGCGGCUGCGACACUGUUGCUUCAAGCAGGGUCGUGGCUCGGGCGAGGCCCCAGCUCCGGGCGCAGCUGGACGGGUCUUGCGCCCCGCGCUGCGGAGAGGGACGGAGCACUACAGCCGCUCACUGCCGCCGGCCAGCUGGUGACAGGCGUCCCGCAGGUGAUCUUCGGUCACCAGGUGGCCUCCCUUCCGCGCCAUGGUGGACGUGUUGGGCGGGCGGCGCCUGAUGACCCGCGAGGGCAGGGCGGUGGAGGCCGAUGUGGCGCUGCAGAACAAGGUGGUGGCUCUGUACUUUGCGGCGGGCCGGUGCGCGCCCAGUCGCGACUUCACGCCGCUGCUUUGCGAGUUCUACGCCGCGCUGGUGGGCGAAGCCAAGCGGCCCGCGCCCUUCGAGGUGGUCUUCGUGUCCGCGGACGGCAGCGCGCAGGAGAUGCGGGACUUCAUGCGCCAGAUGCACGGCGCCUGGCUGGCGCUGCCCUUCCACGACCCCUACCGGCAUGAGCUGAAGAAGAGGUACAACGUCACCGCCAUCCCCAAGCUUGUGAUCGUGAAGCAGAACGGGGAAGUCAUCACCCACAGAGGGCGGAAGCAGAUCCGGGAGCAGGGGCUGGCCUGCUUCCAGAGCUGGGUGGAGAUGGCCGAUGUCUUCCAGAAUUUCUUGGACUGAGUGGGGAGGGACGGCGGGGGUACCAGGACGGGUGCCACGCCUGCUGACCAAACCCCAGGGGAAAGAGGAGCGGGAUGAUUGAUGUCGUCCCCUUCUCUUCAGAGUCUCGUUUUAUUCCACAGCAGAAGUGCUAAUUGUGACAGAAAGUAAAUGUGUCUCAGGAGAAAAUGCCCUCACUGUUUGCAGGCUGUACCUUGUUUGUAGUUAUUUUUGUUCUUUUCGUAACUUUAUCCACCUGUGCCUAGUGAGGAUCUGUGCAUGUUCCCACUGAGCUAUCAAAAAUCUAUGCAAAAUGUUUACUUGUACAGGUCUCUUCAAGGAAAACGAUCUACUUAUUGAUACAUUUAUUAAUCAGGUUUGCAGACU